GUUAUUUAACCCCACUUCUGCCUUUUUUAUUUAUUUAAUUUAUACAUAAAUCAAACAUAUUAGAAAUUGCAAAUAGAGCAGCUAUAUUUAUGCAGUUUCAUGAGUUUCUUAGUGUAUCAAAAGAAAGGCCGUUCACUUUUAAAGUAACAAAUAAAUAGGUACCGCUCUUCAUGUAAUAUCCACUUUUAAAAAUUAGCUAUGUCUGUUGUAAUAGAGACAACUCUUGGUGAUAUUACAGUAGAUUUGUUUCUUAAUAGUAGACCAAAAGCCUGUUUUAAUUUUCUAAAAUUAUGUAAAACAAAAUAUUAUAAUUUUAACCUGUUCCAUACUAUCAGUAGAAGUUUUAUUGCACAAACUGGUGACCCUACAGGAACGCGUAAAGGUGGAGAGUCAAUUUUUGGUGUAAUUGAUGGACCCUCGAAAAGAUACUUUGAAAUGGAAAAUGAACCGAGAAUAAGGCAUACCCACCCUGGCUUAAUAUCAUUUGUUGGAGGAGAAGAUAAUAUGAUUGGCUCACAAUUCUUUAUAACUCUAGGUGAAGACCUUACAUAUCUAGAUGGUCAUCACUGUGUAUUUGGUGAAGUUGUUGAAGGCAUGAACGUGUUAGAGGACAUAAAUGAAAUUAUUUGUGAUAAAGAUGACAGGCCUUACAAGGAUGUGAGAAUUACUCAUACCGUAAUUCUAGAUGAUCCAUAUCCUGAUCCAGAAAAGAUUACAAUACCAUCCAGGUCACCUUCUCCAAGUGCAGAGAGAUUAGCUGGUGGAAGAAUUGCUCCUGAUGAAGAUGUUGACGAGACUUUGGGAAAAUCUGCUAGAGAAGUUGCUGAGCUCCAGGCAGAAAGGGAAGCUAAAGCUCGAGCAACAAUUUUAGAAAUGAUUGGAGACAUUCCAGAUGCUGAUGUGGCCCCUCCAGAAAAUGUUCUUUUUGUGUGCAAAUUGAAUCCUGUUACCACAGAUGAUGAUCUGGAAAUUAUUUUUAGUCGGUUUGGCAAAAUUAAAUCAUGUGAGGUAAUAAGAGAUCGCAAAUCUGGUGAUUCAUUACAGUAUGCUUUUAUUGAAUUUGAAGAGCAGAAGUCAUGCGAAGAUGCAUAUUUUAAAAUGGACAACGUACUUAUCGAUGAUAGAAGAAUUCAUGUUGAUUUCAGUCAAAGUGUUUCCAAAAUUAAAUGGCUAGGAAAGGGCAGAGGUGUAAAAUAUUUGGAUGAAAAAAGUGCAAAAAGCGGAUUAGAUUUUAGUGAAAGGACUAGAGAAUCACACAAGAAUAAUUCAAAUACUAAAAAAUAUAAUAAGGAAGAAAAACAUUAUUCAAGGAGAGAACAUGAUAGAGAAUAUCAGAAAGACUCGGAGAAAAAAAGGAAUAGGUCGUCAGAAAAAUAUAGUCAUAGAGAGUACAGUUAUAGGGAAAAUAAGGAUAAACAUAAAAAAGACAGCAGAAGAGAAAGAGAUGAAGAUAGACAUUACAAAGAGAAAUCAAGAAGUAAUAAAGAGUCAAGUAAAUCACAUAGGAAGGAUUCAAGGUCUCAUGAAAAAAGAAAAAAAUACUCUUCCAGUGAAAGUGACAGUGAUAAUUACAGAAAGAGAAGGCACAGAAGAUAAUGGAAGUGUAACUAUAUUUAAUAAAUGCUGUAUAAAAAAUGUAUUAAAACUUAUUAUUGAAAAAAAGUUCCUAUAAACAUGGGUAUGGACAUGCAUAGUUUUAGAGUUACAGGAUGUUAAAACAUUUUAAAAUUAAGUUUUUUGUAAUUAUCUUAAAUGCCAUCAUUUUUUAUUUGAAAUUGCUGUCGGUUAGAGUAACAGUAAUAAUAACUAAUAGAAAUAAUAUUUAAUAAAUUAGGUAAAAU